UUGUGGCGUAAACACCAAGAUGAAACAGAUGUUGCAAAAGCAUUCAGUUUGCCAAAGAAUUUAAAAGAAAGGAAACAGCAGUUAGACUAUAUACGAAAUAAGGGGAACUUUGAGCACAACAGUGACGUUUUGGAGACACAAAAAAGGCAAACUCAUCCCAUGGAAGCAACCACAGAAAAAAUCUGAAGGACAGGAAUUUAUACAUUGUGUUCACUGCUAUGGCUUGUUCCCAAGAAGAGCAAUGUGGCGGCAUUUUCAGCUAUGCAGCUUCAAACCUGAGAGUACUAAACCAGGUAAAACUCGAGUUCAAGCUUUGUGUGCUUUCGCUGAACCUGCUCCACCUGGAUUUAACAAUGCUUAUUGGAAGUUCGUAAGUGUUAUGAAUCAAGACAUGAUUGUAGUUGCUAUUAAAGAAGCUGCAUUCUCAAGUAUGGUUACAGACUGUUCAAGAAGAACGAGAGGAUAGUCAGUCAACACCAGUACAUUCGGCAAAAACUGACAGAGCUUGCCAGGCUGUUAUUGGAAGCAAUAAAAGUUACACAUGUGAAGACCAUCCAAGAACUAAUAAAACCUGAACAGUAUGGUCAGGUUGUCACUGCUGCAAAGAGCCUAUCUGGAUUCAGUGAGCAAACUGGCAAAUACCGAUCCGUCUCUUGCUUGCGAGGUUGGACACAGCUUGCAUUCUUUGGCCAUGUUUAUCAAGUCCAAAGGCCUGAAAAAGAAAGAUAAACAAGCUACUCAAGAUGCUGAGGAGUUUGCGCUGCUUUAUCAAGAAAGUUGGAGAUUUGACAUUGCAUGCCAAGCAUUAACUCAACUUGACCAGACCAAAUGGAAUGCUCCUCAACUGUUACCAAAAAGAUAUCCAAAAGCUCCAUUGUCAUCUAGCUGAGAAACAGCAGCAACAGAAGGGUGCUGUGUGGAAAUGGAUAUCUCUUUGCAUUACCACACUCUGUCCAUUACGCUUCUGACUGCAUAAGGCACUUUAUGAAAGAAUGUGAUCACAUCAAAAAUCCGAAAGCAUUAACAUCAACAAAACUAAGGAAACAUAUCGCCACCCUCUCUACUGUAUUGAACCUUUAGACCACAGAACUCGAUCAGUUGGCAGACUUCCUCGGGCAUAAUAUUGCUGUCCACCGAAAGCACUACCGCCUUCCGGAGGGCACCCUCCAGUUGGCCAAAAUCAGCAAAGUGCUCCUGGCAAUGGAACAGCUAGGAGAAUACAAAGGAAAGAGUCUGGAUGAAAUUCAAGUUGACAUGAAUGAUUCCUGCAGCUCCAGUAGCUCUGAUCGACUUCUCCUCUGCAAAAUCCAAAAAACAAAAGCUUGAUCGUUCCAUUGAUGGCAGGACAACUGAAAACAAGUUAUGGAUGCAAACAUAAAGCACAAGCCAGAGGAGCGUAUGAGAAGCUGAUGGGUCGGGAGCAUGCAGGUUUCUCCUGUAUGGACAGUGGUCUCUGGCUGAACCCCAAGUGGCCAUACAUGGGGUCCUCCCCUGAUGGCAUUGUCACUUCUGACUGUCACGGAACUGGCAUCUGCGAGGUUAAGAUAUCAGUCUGCCAGGAGAACAGGGGUCAGAAGAUGAGGAGAGCAUGUCAUCCCUGCACGACUGCACCUCCACAUCACAAGUCCAAAAUCAGGGAGUGUCUCCAACAGAUGUCAGUAUGCCAGGAGAACAGGGGUCAGAAGAUGAGGUCACCAUGUCAUCCCUGCAAGAAUGUACCUCCACAUCACAAGUCCUAAACCAGUGUGGGUCUGCAAGAAAGAGAGCUGUAGUGCACUACAACAGCUGCCGUCCUCUCAGCACAUCUUCACACACUGAGUAGCCGGCCUGCUGUUGCUGUUGCUGUUGCUGUAUCAUCCUCUUACACACUACAAACCCAGCUACCAACUAUUUUUAAAGGCUUGUUUGGAUUUUGCAUGGAUGCUCCUUUCGGCUACAGCAGCGACUGACUGAAGUCUGCAGGCUCUAUGAAGGAUAAGUCAUGAGCGGGCAGGCAGUGGUCAACGCACCUUCUUCAUCACGCCAGGGUCACCAGACGGCCCUGCACCGGGCUGCCAUGGUGGGGAACAGUGAUGCCGUGGCUGCUCUGAUUCAGGGAGGCUGUGCUCUGGACCUGCAAGACAGAGACGGCAACACUGCGCUGCAUGAAGUGUCCUGGCAUGGUUUCACUCAGUGUGUCAAACUGCUGGUCAAGGCGAAAGCUGAUGUACACAUCGGGAACAAGGCAGGAAACACCGCGCUGCACCUGGCCUGUCAGAACGCACACGCUCAGACUGCUCGCCUCCUGCUGCUCGGAGGGGCCACACCAGACACCAAGAACAAUAGGGGGGACACGUGUUUGCAUGUGGCUGCUCGCUACAACAACCUGUCCUUGGUGAAGAUCCUGCUGAAUUCACUGUGCACUGUGACAGAGAGGAACCAGGGAGGGGACACAGCUCUCCAUGUGGCUGCUGCUCUGAACCAUAAGAAGACAGUUCAGCUCCUACUGGAGGCAGGGACUGAUGGGACAAUCAGAAACCAUGCAGGUAAAACAGCCCUUGACAAGGCCAGAGAUAACAACCACAAAGAUGUGGCACUUCUGUUGGCCAGAGCUCCUCAGGUUCAUCGCUUCAUGCGAGGAAGAACAAUAAGGAAACAAAGAGAGAGACUGACAGCUGAGCGCCGGACCCAGUCUGUCACCAGGGUAGACAUUCUACCAAACAAGGAGGACAGCAGUUCUGUGGUGGAGGAAACCCCCAGCAGUGAACACACGGAGAGCAGAACUGCCGUCAAGGUGGGUCCUCACCAACAGCAGAAGCAGCAGCAGCAGCUUUACCACAAGAACCCAGCGGCCACCAGCAGCCCCUACAACCACCACAAGCGGAGAGCCAAGGAACAGGCUUGGAAUGGAGAUGAUCUGAGAAAAGGCAAGAAUGACCUCAACAUUAAGAGGGAUCUGCUCUGUGAUAAUGGUGAAGACAGUUCUGCUAAGAAUGGAAAAACCUAUCAACUUUACACACUGUACCGUGAUAAGGAUGGCAACAUUAGACAGGCACCAGCCGAUGGAUGCCAUUGUAGGCCCCUGCUCAAGAAGCUAGAGGGCCAACUGCAAUUCACACAGGAGGAGAUGAAGCUGCACAUCCUGAACGUCCAGGAGCAAGUCAACAGUAGGCUGGGCCAAAUGGACCGCAGGAACAGACACCAGAUUAAAGUGUUGGACAUGCUGAAUCAGGAAAGAGCAGCAGCAGAGAGGAAGAACAUAAUGUACAGGACCGAGCAGAGAAUUGCCCAGGGAAGAGAGGAAACCCUGAUGACACAGCAGGCAGCGGUGAGUAAUGAAUUGAAGAGGUGGUGUAUGUCCCAGCUGAAGGACAUGGAUGUUCAAGUCCCAGCCAAAGCCCAGUAUUACAAACUCCUCCCUUCACCGUCUGUGGAGCAGUCUGUGGCAGACACUGACCUGGAGUCACUCCCCUUGCUUUCUGUGGUAUCUGGAGACAGCAGCACUUCACUGGCUACCUAUGUCAACAUCUUGCCAUCCAAAUCUACCAACAGUCUGGGAGGCCCCAAGCAAGAGCAGCUGGGGAGCAGGACAUACUUUGAAAUGAAAGUGGACAGGUCACCAGAUGACUAUGAGAACACAGCCCUGUUCCCUCUGCCUACCAAAACCCCUUCAGACCUCCUGCUGGGCUCGGGAGUGAAGGACAGUCCCACAGGAGCAAUGGUGCCACUGUGUGGGGAGGGCUUCUCAAGCAGCUGCAGCCAGUCCAGCAUCAGCGACCCGGGACCCAGACUCAUCCAACAUCAGGAACAGUACAGGACACACUAUGGAGAGCUGAUGAGCACCCACAACCAUGCAGGGAUACACACUGAGAGCACCAGGACUCUGGAGUUCUUUAUCGACCGUCCCACUGAGCCCACAUUUAGCCAAGAGAGGAACAAUCUGCAUGCCAAAGAGGUGACUCAGCGUUUCUUUGAGACGGUAUCAACUCAGCUGGAGCGUUGGUAUGAGAGGAAGCUCAUGGAGGUGGAGCAUCAGACGGAGCUGAGAGCCCAGCAGGACAGAAAGGAGCUACAGCAGCGAAUAAGCGCGCUGGAGGAGGAGCUUCAGAAGCUGAAGACAAAUGAGAAUGCAGAAAACUCAGACGUUAUUAAUACUGGAGGAAACUAAUGGAGAAUUUUUCACUUUUGCUUUAAUAUUUAAAAACUCAUAUCACCUUUGUUUACAGCGGGCGGCAAAAAGAGUGGCAGCUGCCUCCCCUCUUGUUUUGCCCCUAAAAGUUGUAAAAAAAAAACAGCCAAAUAAAUAAACAAAUAAAUAAGAAGUGCAUACAUAGAUUACAGUAAUAAUAUACUUCCCCCAGUAACUAGUAGGGUAGCUAAUUACUAAUACAUUUCAUUAAUAUUACAGUUACCCCCUCAAAAAAUAUUAGUUACCAGACAAAGUGUAAUCUUAAACUGAGAAUAGCUGAACAUAAAGCAGCUAUAAGAAUUCAAAAUAAAGAUUAAGCUACAUACCUUAUUAAGGUAUAUUUAAUAGUUAUUCUAUAAAUACAUUCACCUCCUGCUACUUCUGAUAUGUACUAUUGUGUAUUUUGUAUAGUACCCUCUUUCUUCUAAUAUAUUUCUUGUAUUUUUUCUACUUUUUUCUACUAGUUUUUGAUACAUAUCUUAAUUUGAGGAAAUUCAAGUGUUUUGUGCUCAAUUAUGGUAUCUUAUUGAAAUGUAUGCAUCCUACAUCUGGAAUUGUCAGCUUUUGUGCUCUGACACUAACUGCAGCUUAUAGUCCUAUGGAAAUAGAAUGCAAUAUUUAUGUCUAAUGUUGUGUGAUAGAAUUAUAGUUGUUAUUGCCUAUUAUUGUUGAUGUUUUGAAGUGUAUUUGUAUUGGGGAAUGUGAGCCUAUUGGUCAGCACCUAACCAGUCAAAGCUGCAGUAGGUAACUUUUAUAAAAGAAUAACCUUUUGUCAUAUUUGCUGAAACUUUCACUAUAUCCUGACAUCAGACAGAUAAUCUGUGGAAAAAAUCAGGUUCCUCUAGCUCCUCCUAGAGCUCUAAUGGCAUAUGCAAGAACCCACCGGGCCUGAAGAAAAACAACCAAUCAGCGCAAAGAAAGAUAGUUGAUUGUCAUUCCCAGGUCAUCAGAUACCAACACUGGGAAUGAGACUCAACAAUCAAUUAUCUUCAAGCCUCCAACCCAAAGUGUCUUUUACUUUCUUGGCUCUGAUUGGUUGUUUUCAUUCAGGCACAGUGGAUUCUUACAAAUGCCAUUAGAUUAUAGCCACAGAUUAUCUGUUUCAUGUACUACUGUCAGGAUAUAGUGAAAGUUCCAGCAAAUAUGACAAAAAGUUAUUUUUUAUAAAAGUUACUGCAGCUUUAAAGGCUCUCCUGAUGGCAAUCGAGCACAGAGGGACUCUGAUUAAGCAACAUGUGAAAUACAUAGUUCGCUCCUUUUUGUUUUUAAUGUAAUAUAUUGAUUAAAUAAUGUCAAUCCUAGUAUCAUGGUGUGCACUGGAAGAUUUGUAAACCAGUUGUAAUGUCAUAAAAUAUGUAAAUAUAAAAUAAAAAUAAUUUACAUGAAA